UCUCGCUCGGCAUUGUGGCCAGCCAGCCGGGCACUCGGGGGGCACGCGCGGCUGCCGCUCGAGCUUUGCCCCCACCCCACCCGCCGGCAGAUCUGGGGUGGGGACCCAGGCGGGGGCUCCUGCGGCCACUGCCCGGCGCCGAUCGCACUGAGCGACCCACUCCUCCCGGCGCCGAGAAAGGAGCAACGGAGCCCUCUGCAGCCGGCCGGCCUCGCCGCCCCUGACCACUCGCUUCCCGGCUGCCUUUGUGGCCGCAGCUUCUCGCCGCCGAGCCGAGGGCCGGCGGGGGCGCGGCGCGCACGGCCGAGCGAUGCCCAGCUCCCUGUUUGCAGACCUGGAGCGCAACGGCAGCGGCGGCGGAGGGGGAGGCGGCGGCGGCGGCGGCGGCGGUGGUGGCGGCGGCGGCGGCGGCGGCGGGGGAGAGACCCUGGAUGACCAAAGAGCCCUGCAGCUCGCGCUCGAUCAGCUCUCCCUGCUGGGGCUGGACAGUGACGAGGGCGCCUCUCUGUACGACAGUGAGCCGCGCAAGAAGAGCGUGAACAUGACCGAGUGCGUGCCGGUACCCAGUUCCGAGCAUGUCGCCGAGAUCGUGGGGCGGCAAGGUUGUAAAAUCAAAGCGCUGCGGGCGAAGACCAAUACUUACAUCAAGACCCCGGUUCGCGGGGAGGAGCCUGUCUUUGUUGUGACGGGCAGGAAGGAGGAUGUGGCCAUGGCUCGGAGGGAGAUCAUCUCUGCCGCGGAGCACUUCUCCAUGAUCCGCGCCUCGCGGAAUAAGAACACGGCGCUCAACGGCGCAGUGCCCGGGCCGCCCAACCUGCCUGGACAGACCACCAUCCAGGUGCGGGUGCCCUAUCGCGUGGUGGGGCUCGUGGUGGGGCCCAAGGGCGCCACGAUCAAGCGCAUCCAACAGCAGACGCACACGUACAUCGUGACGCCCAGCCGCGACAAGGAGCCCGUGUUCGAGGUGACUGGCAUGCCUGAGAACGUGGACCGAGCUCGCGAGGAGAUCGAGGCGCACAUCGCCCUGCGCACCGGCGGCAUCAUCGAGCUCACAGAUGAGAACGACUUCCACGCCAACGGCACCGACGUGGGCUUCGAUCUGCACCACGGGUCCGGCGGGUCCGGCCCAGGCAGCCUCUGGAGCAAGCCCACCCCCAGCAUCACGCCCACCCCCGGCCGCAAGCCGUUCUCUAGCUACCGCAACGACAGCUCCAGCUCGCUCGGCAGCGCGUCCACAGACUCUUACUUCGGCGGGGGGACCGGCGGCAGCACAGCCGCCACCCCGCGCCUGGCGGACUACAGCCCCCCCAGCCCCGCGCUCAGCUUUGCCCACAACGGGAACAACAACAACAACGGCAACGGAUACACCUACGCGGCGGGGGAAGCUUCCGUGCCUUCCCCCGACGGCUGUCCCGAGCUGCAGCCCACCUUCGACCCGGCUCCCGCUCCCCCGCCUGGGGCGCCGCUGCUCUGGGCUCAGUUCGAGCGCUCCCCCGGAGGCGGCCCUGGGGCGCCGGUGUCCUCGUCCUGCUCGUCCUCCGCGUCUUCGUCCGCUUCGUCGUCCUCCGUGGUCUUUCCCGGGGGCGGCGCCAGCGCGCCCGCCAAUGCCAACCUGGGGCUGCUGGUGCACCGCCGGCUGCACCCGGGCGCCAGCUGCCCGCGCCUGUCCCCGCCCUUGCACAUGGCGCCGGGGGCGGGCGAGCACCACCUGGCGCGCCGGGUGCGCAGCGACCCGGGCGGAGGGGGCCUGACCUACGCCGCCUAUGCCAACGGGCUGGGGGCGCAGCUGCCCGGCCUGCCGCCGUCGGACACCUCCGGCUCCUCGUCGUCGUCCAGCUCCUCGUCCAGCUCCUCCUCCUCGUCGUCGGGGUUGCGGCGAAAGGGCAGCCGCGACUGCUCCGUGUGCUUCGAGAGCGAAGUGAUCGCCGCGCUCGUGCCCUGCGGCCACAACCUCUUCUGCAUGGAGUGCGCCAACCGCAUCUGCGAGAAGAGCGAGCCCGAGUGCCCGGUCUGCCACACCGCGGUCACCCAGGCCAUCCGCAUCUUCUCCUGAAGGCGGCGCGCCUGCGCGCACACGCGGGG